UACAGUUUCAAACAAAAGAAACUACAAAGUAUUGCAUUGCUACUAUUAUUUUUAUUUCGUCAUUGUUGUCGUGCAUCCAGUAAUGGGAAACAUCGAGGGGCGGCGCGCGAAGCCGCAACCGCGACCUGCGGCGGCGCGCGCUUAAAAGCGCCGACCUAGCGUAGGCCGACCCAAAUCCUUUGUGGCUCCUGAACCUGACAGACUCUUGCUUCUUCCCAAAAAUGUGGACCAGUCUUUGCUUAGCUCUCAUGGCGUGGACACUGUGGCCCAGCGCUGCAGCACAGGAGUACCUACCCCCAAAGAUUGGUGGUGGCGGCGGCGGCGGCGGCAAGAAACCAGCACCUGAGCCUACACUCCCCGCGAACUACGACUUCUCGUACGACGUGCAAGACAACGCCGUGAGCCUGGACUUCGGGCACAACGAGAAGCGCAAGGACGACCGCGCCACCGGCUCCUACCACGUGCUGCUGCCCGACGGCCGUACGCAGCUCGUAGAGUACGAGGCCGGGCCCGACGGGUACAAGCCACAAAUAAUGUACAUGGGUACUGCAACAUACCCGGCGCCCAACGCAGGCGGCGGCGACAAGUUCGACGGCUACCAUUACAACGCGGCGUCGAACCGGCAGAGCGUGCGCCAGGCGGCGCCGCGCGGCUCCGGCCGGCAACCAACCGCGGCGCCACCCGCGCCCGCGCCGCCCGUCUACGCCGCCUCCAGCAAUGCCACGCAAUGACACCUAUACCUGGUUAGACCAUGAUCCAAGUCCUUUUCACGAAAGACAAGGUUAUUCCCACCUGAAAUUCCUGAGUAACUAGGAUCUGUCUUUAACUUGACUGCCAAUUAAAUCUAGCCAAUUAAUGAAGCCAGUGAGACUUCAGUCUCAUGGGAAAGGUAAACUGACAUUGAACUUGCAAUGAAGUUCAAUAAUGGGCGACGGACGAGUUCGAUGCUCAGCCCCAGCAUUGACAAGUGGCACUUUAUGAUAGCUACUACCUAGGUAGCUCCAAAAAUCGAAUCCCUUCACAAAGCAAAAAAAAAACGCUAGAGCGAAGGCCCGUCGCGUUUUGCCAGUCUAGGGGGGCAGGACUUCUUUGUACGAAUAGAAAUUGAGAGGGAAUUAACAUUAGGACUUUUUCGUGAAAAGGACUCUACCGACCGACCGGAAAAAUUUCCCUUAUACGAUACUGAAACUGCCAAUAGAA